UAAAGGCCCGCCGAGCCGCGCUUGGCGCCCAAGCUUUGGCAGCGCUUCGCCAUGGGUGCUUUCCUUCUACUGCUCGUCGCGGGCAGCCUCUGGGCGAGCUGUGGGGAAGGCAGCAGCCCGACGUGCGGGUACCCGCCGCCACUUUGGUGCACCUCCAGAGAGAUCGCCCAAGCUUGCCAGGCGGAGAAGCAUUGUGCCAAGUUGAUCCCCAGCUCCCCACAGGCCAACCCUGUCUCUGUGAGCCUCUACUAUGAAUCCCUCUGUCCUGGCUGCCGUGAGUUUCUGGUGGAGGUGCUCUUUCCCACUUGGCUGUUGCUGCAUAGCAUCAUGAAUGUCACUUUGGUCCCCUAUGGGAAUACAGAGGAGACUCAAGAGCCCACAAAAUGGCACUUUACAUGCCAGCAUGGUGAAGAGGAAUGCAUGGGGAACAUGCUAGAGACUUGUCUCAUCCACCUGCAUCCGGGCCUGGAUUUUCUGCUCAUCUUCUGCAUGGAGCUGAGUGUAGAUGUCGUCCACAGCUUGCCACUGUGCCUGAAGCUGUAUGCUCCUGACAUCUCGCUAGCUAAUAUCACUGCAUGUGUGAAUGGAGACCUGGGUAACAAGCUAAUGCAUGAGAAUGCUGAACUCACCAGGGCUCUGAAGCCCGCUCAUGAGUACGUGCCAUGGAUUCUCAUCAAUGGGGUCCACACUGAAGAACUUCAAAGUCAAGCACAACAGUCCCUGUUCAAUUUGGUUUGCAAGUUGUAUAAGGGUGCUUUGCCACCUGCCUGCACAGGACCAAAGGAACUUUCUCGUCUUCCGCUUCCCUUAAAUUACACUUUUUCGAAGAAGUAAUUCCACACCCCAACUUGUCCCAGCUUCUGGAGGGAGAGAUGACGACUUGUCAGUCUGCCCAAGGAAAAGCAAAGGAAAUCUUUUGAUAUUUUAAACCUACAUGUCAUUAUCUGUUCAAACUUCCUGCUGCAAGGUGGAGUUCAGGUCUGGAAUGCAGUAAAGUCAAGGAACAGCUGCCUCUCUUUCAAGGAGGCAGCAGAAGAAAAAUCAGGGCCAGAUGUUUUGGGGAAAAGAGUGUCUUGAUUUUCUCGGUGCUACAAGCGUAAACCUAUGGAAAAGUACCUCUUGUCAUUCUCUGGCAGGAGUUACAUAUUUUAACCUCACAAACGUUGCUGAUUUUAACUUCAUUCCUACCUCCCAUUGAUUGUACCCCCCAAAAUGGAAAUGUUGUCUUCAGAAAGAAAGAGUUUCAGAAAGACAAA